AUGUCGGGCGUCGGGGAGAUUUUGAAAGCAGUUGGGGAUUUUGGGCCAUUUCAGAAAUGGCUGGUGCUGCUCACGUUACUUCCAUGCUUUACUCUGUCUUUCCACCAGUUUUGCCAGCUUUUUAUGGUUCUGGAUGAGCCUCAUCACUGCAACACCAGCUGGAUCUGUGCCAUUGCCCCCAACCUGACGGAGGAAGAGCAGCUGAACCUCACCCUGCCCCGGGAUGCGGAUGGGGGGUACGAGCAGUGCUCCAUGUACUCACCGGUGGACUGGGACCUCGACUCCAUUGUGGCUUAUGGCCUGAACACCACGGAGAAGUGCAGCAAUGGCUGGGUGUACCCCUCAGCACAAGCACCAUCCCUGCUGACUGAGUUUGACCUGGUGUGUGACAGGAAGGACUUGAAUGACAUCUCCCAGUCCAUCUAUAUGCUGGGGAUGUUCCUAGGAUCCAUGAUCUUUGGGCCACUGAGUGACAGGAUGGGCCGCCGGCCAGUCAUUCUGGUCUCCAUCUUCCUCCAGGGCUUGUUUGGGGUAGCAAUCGCCUUUGUACCAAAUUUUGAUGUGUACAUGGCCUUCAGAUGUGUUGUGGGGGCUUCAGUGGCAGGGAUCACCAUGGCGAUACUGUCCUUGGCUACAGAAUGGAUCGGUGUCUCCCACCGGCCAAAGGCAGUGGUUACUUCUCACUGCUGCUUCGCCAUCGGUCAGAUGAUUUUGGCUGGCCUGGCUUAUGGUAUUCACAACUGGAGGCUGCUGCAAAUUGCAGGAUCUGCUCCUGUGUUUGCUCUUUUCUUCUACAUCUGGGUGCUCCCAGAGUCCGCUCGGUGGCUGGUGAUAAAAGGCAGGAUAGAAGAAGCUAAGAAGCUCCUUCAGAAGGCAGCAGCCAUCAACAAGCGCACCCUCCCACCGGAGCUCCUGGAGCAGCUGAAGCCUGAGACUCAGCCCAAGCCUGGAAGCACCCUGGAUCUCUUUCGGAAGAAGCACCUGCGGAAGGUGACUUUAAUCAUGACCUGCACCUGGUUUGUGAACAGCCUUGUCUACUACGGGCUGAGUCUGAACGUGUCAAACUUUGGUCUGGACAUCUACCUGACACAACUUGCCUUUGGAGCAGUGGAAAUCCCUGCCCGUAUCGGUUGUAUCUUCAUGCUGCAGUGGUUCGGGAGGAAGAACACCCAGGCUGUUCUCCUGAUACUGAGUGGCCUCAUCUGUCUGAUCAUCAUUGGCAUCCCUGAAGACCAGCCAGUGGUGACCACCAUCCUGGCCACCAUCGGCAAGUUUACAGCCACAGCCUCCUUCUCCACCUCUUAUGUCUACUCCGCAGAGCUCUUCCCCACGGUCAUCAGGCAGACCGGCUUGGGGCUGUGCUCGAUGUUGGCGCGGCUGGCGGGGAUCAUGGCACCCCUGCUGCUGCUGCUGGAGCAGUACCACCGGGCCAUCCCCAUGGCAGUCUUCGGCAGCGUCACCGUGGUGGUGGGGCUGCUCUGCUUCCUGCUGCCUGAGACCCGUGGCACUGACCUGGCGGAUGACACGAGGGAUGGCUGCUCCCCAGCCCAGGUCUGUGAAAAUGCCAACAGCAGCUCUGAAAAUGGACAUGUGAAAGGAAAAGGUGGUGGCCAAGACAAUGAGUACACAAAGAGCACUCAGUUCUAG